UCCACCAUAACAAUGCCAAGAGCUCACGACCAUUUCCACGGUCGUCAUUACCACGCUGAGCGCGCAACUGGCCCUGUCAAGUCGCUCAAUCCAACGAAGCGAUAUCUAAUCGCCGACAGGAAGCCACUCCAUGCUGAGUCUGACGCUGGAAAGGAGUCGCGACCGAGCGCUGAGAGUCCUGGGGUUGCUUAUGUCUGGAGGAGUCGUGAUAACAGAAAAGGACGGCAUGCGCUGGUCAUCAGCGUCGAUCCAAGAAAGCAUGAUGCAACAAAAGCUCCAAGGCCGUCGAAUUCGUAUCACCAGACUCUCCGCGGUAUCUUGAAGAUGUUUGUCAGAUACCCAGUCUGGGAUGUAUCGUACGAUGUCGCCAUCGUCUUCACAAUAGGGUCGAUUAUCUGGGUAAUUAAUGGCUUUUUCUCAUGGCUCCCCGUUCUCAACCCCUCAACGAAAUUCUCUGACUGGGCCGGCGGAUUGACAGCUUUCAUCGGCGCUACGGUCUUCGAAUUUGGCUCAAUCCUACUCAUGCUUGAAGCCGUCAACGAGAAUCGGGCGGAUUGUUUUGGUUGGGCUGUCGAGGAAAGUAUAGAUGGGAUGCUUCAUCUCACUCAUGCGGAUAACUGCAAGCAUGCACACGCGCAUAAGGGGACUUUUGUAAAGCAAAGCUCUAAAACACUGGAUAAUAACACAACGGAAUCAGCGGGGAAUGAUCGGAUGUGGUCCUGGUGGCCGACGUGGUAUGAACUCAGAUCACAUUAUUUCUUCGACAUUGGCUUCUUGGCCUGUUCUUCACAAACAUUCGGCGCCACGGUAUUCUGGAUCUCUGGCUUUACAGCCUUGCCGCCUAUACUCAACAACCUCUCUACACCAGCUGAGAACGGCGUCUAUUGGCUCCCUCAAGUGAUUGGCGGCACGGGCUUCAUCGUCUCAAGUACCCUGUUCAUGGUCGAAGUUCAGCCUCGAUGGUACAUUCCAGCGCCGGGGGUACUGGGAUGGCAUAUCGGACUAUGGAACUUGAUUGGCGCUAUUGGCUUUACUCUCUGUGGUGCGCUGGGCUUUGGCAUCACGCAUCCGGGUGUUGAGUAUGCGCUUACACUUUCGACAUUUAUAGGUUCAUGGGCAUUUCUGAUUGGUAGCGUAAUCCAAUGGUAUGAGAGUCUUAACAAGUAUCCUAUCUGGGUGGACCAGAAGAUCGAGCGGCUUGGAAAACGAAAGAGCUGAAUCUAAUAUCCUCUUCCUAUAUAUAUAUAGGUCUGGUUGGCAGUAACAGACAUCUUCCUAGAUUGGACAGGGUGACUACAGUCGGUAUUAUAUGCAGCAUCUGAUCUUUGCUAAACCCAAUCAGCUGAAUACCGACUACCACGCAAUCAUCACGCGUAACACCCCGAUCCAUCACAUCGACAAAUACCUUGAGCCCCGCCCCACGAUUCUUCUUCUGCUACUGGAGCGGCAAUCUAACAGGCUUCUCACCUACACAAUAUCCUCUGGGUGGACUUUCUCUGCCAUCUCGUGCAAUUAACUGUAUUCUCGUCAAGGCUCCCUCAUCACCAGCCCAUAGCUGAGCAAACUUGAGAUACAACCCUUCCAAGGCCCGUUCAUCUUCGGUAUAGUGCGGCUUCUGCUGAGAUACGUCUCACAGGCCAGGUAUUGAAGGAAGCAAGGUGAUGCUCAUCUCGUAUCAUGCAUGUCAUACUCAGUGCUUCGUUGAAUUGCAUAAGAGGCGGGAUCAAGGCGUGAAAGGACGAGAGAAAACAGGCCGUGAAUCCCUCAAGCUUGGCGCGUAGCUUAAUGGGAGUCUUACUUCUCCUUCUCCCAAAGAGAAGGCGCAUUCCGAAACUUCCAUUCACUUAAGUGUAUCUAAUCUCACCCCUCCCCAUAAAGAGCUAGUCAUCAUUCCCCUAAAUAAGGUACUUUAUUAGAAUCCACUCUACGGAACAUAGCCUAUAUCCCUACAGAAACGGGUUGUUAGGAAAGAAUCCACCUGAUGGCAUGUCCCAUUCUAGAUUCACAUCCAGCAUCGCAGUAUCAAGCCACGAUGACAGAUC